UCUGUGACAGUUCAAGUUUCUUGCACGCUUGGAAUUAUCAAUAGUAAACUUGUUGAAAAUUGUAAAUAAUCGUGAAUCAAGCUAAUUUAUAAGAUACAUUCUGAUUCUGUAUAACGUGGAACUAAAAUAGUGUAUCAGAGUCUAGAAACGAAUAAAUUAAAUACGUGAAGGAUGGCUUUAGCUCUGCAAAGGAGAGCCAAUGUACGGCUUCCUCCGGAAGUUAAUAGAAUACUUUACAUUAGAAAUCUUCCAUAUAAAAUAUCUGCUGAAGAAAUGUAUGAUAUAUUUGGAAAAUAUGGAGCUAUAAGACAAAUUAGAGUGGGUAACACACCCGAAUCAAGAGGGACAGCAUUUGUUGUCUAUGAAGACAUAUUUGAUGCAAAAAAUGCAUGUGACCAUUUAUCUGGGUUUAAUGUAUGUAAUAGAUAUUUGGUUGUCUUAUACUACAGAUCUAAUAAAGCAUUCAAAGGUAUAGAUAUUGAUAAGAAACAAGAAGAAAUAGAUACACUGAAAAAGAAGUAUGGAAUAUCUUCAGAAGAUUUAAGAAAAUAAUUAAUUUUAACAUAUAAGAAUAUAAAAUAAGGUUUAUAAUGUUGUUUCUUUUUCUC